AUGUCCAAGAGAUGCCAACGUCUCUUCUACGGAGGCUGCUAUGGGAAUGCUAACAAUUUCAAGGAGCUGUCUGAAUGUGAGCGCCAGUGUGUCACCCCAGAACACUCUGGCGUGUGUCCCAGGAGGGUCGAAAUACAGCCCUUCGUUCCCUGCAACAACACCUGCAAUAUUGACCGUGACUGUCCCCUGACCGAGAAGUGCUGCUUCACCGGCUGCAGCCGAGGCUGCCUGCCCUCAGACACUCCUAUGCUGUCCUUGACUUUCAAAGGCUGUGCAAGAACUGACCAAUGUGCCAAAGGUUAUUAUAGCGGCACAUCACUAGCCGACAAACACAAGCAGACAAGAGUAGCAUGUUGUGAGACUGACGGCUGUAAUUCGGGACCUCUUCCUAUACCACGGCAUAACGACCUGAAACCGAAUGGAUUGACUUGUCCGGGCGUUUAUGAAGAAAAUGGCUCCUCUAUAGAAAAUGGAACCGUCUUGUGUCUCGGCAAUGAGGUCCAAUGUUACAAUGCAAAACUCCGAAUGCGUGCAUGCAGUUUCUCCUGGGUAGUUGUCUCUUACUCCAUCCUUCAUGUAUGUGGCAUUAAAUAUUUGAACUUUGUUUCUUCCCCCCACUCUCUCUCCAAACAGGGUGAACGUGGUGAGACUGGUGCUGUUGGAAGUCAUGGUGCUCCUGGCUCACCUGGUGCUCCAGGUCCUGUUGGUCCAACUGGCAAACAAGGAGACAGAGGGGAAACAGGUCCUCAAGGUCCCAUUGGCCCUAUUGGCCUCGCAGGAACAAGGGGCUUACCUGGUGCACAAGGUCCUCGUGGCGACAAGGGUGAAGCUGGAGAGGCAGGAGAACGAGGUCUGAAGGGUCACCGAGGAUUCACUGGCCUGCAGGGUCUCCCUGGGCCCCCUGGUCCCCCAGGCCCUGUUGGUCCCUCUGGCAAGGAUGGCUCUAAUGGAAUGCCUGGACCAAUUGGUCCUCCCGGCCCUCGUGGUCGUAGUGGAGAAACUGGUCCAUCUGGUCCUCCUGGCAACCCCGGCCCCCCUGGCCCUCCCGGCCCACCUGGAGCUGGGAUUGAUAUGUCAGCCUUUGCUGGCCUCGGCCAGACUGAGAAAGGCCCCGAUCCAAUGCGCUACAUGCGAUCCGAUCAGGCAUUCAGUAAUUUGCGGCCGCAUGACGUUGAGGUCGAUGCCACCUUGAAGACUCUCAACAACCAGAUUGAAAGCAUCCGAAACCCUGAGGGCAGCAAGAAGAACCCAGCUCGAACCUGUCGUGACCUGAAACUAUGCCACCCUGAAUGGAAGAGUGGUGAGUCUCAGGCGCAAUGCCCCUGUCUCAUUUGGGAUGGACCUGAGUUCUGUCAGCUCAGUGAUUUUAGCUACGGAGAUGACAGCCUGGCUCCUAACACUGCCAACAUCCAGAUGACUUUCCUGCGGCUCUUGUCUUCUGAAGGCUCACAGAAUCUUACCUACCACUGCAAGAACAGCAUUGCCUACAUGGAUGACACAGCCGGCAAUCUUAAGAAAGCUCUCCUGAUUCAGGGAUCCAACGACGUGGAGAUGAGAGCCGAGGGCAAUAGCAGGUUUACCUACACUGCCUUGCAGGAUGGAUGUACUAAACAUACCGGCAAGUGGGGGAAGACAAUCAUCGAGUACCGAUCUCAGAAGACUUCGCGCCUGCCCAUCAUUGACAUUGCGCCUAUGGACAUUGGUGGCGCCGAUCAGGAAUUUGGUGUUGACAUUGGCCCCGUAUGCUUUUUGUAAAAGGAGAACCAACCCUAAAAUCAAUAUUUUUUUACCAAUCCAAGUACUUCCCAAUCACUUUUAGGACUU